CAAAAUGGUGGGUGGUUAGACGAGCGGGAGGGGGAACAAUCAAUGAAUGAGAGGUUGCGGCGAAUAUCUCUGACUGAACAAACAAAACUACCAAAUUCACUCUCUCGCAUUCAUCUUCCACUUCCAAGACUGAUAGGUAAAACGAUAAAGGAUCCCAUAAAUCAAAUCAGAACAAGCAUGACCUCCUGCAUUUCACCGAUCAUCUCUUCCACCUCCUUCGCAAUUUCAGACCCAAACAACAUGGUUAGUGCUUCCCCCAAUUGCACCAUGAAGACCCAUGUGAGAACAAUGAUGUCAUCAUCCUCAUCAGCAGCAGCUAAAUCUUCUUCGUCUUCCUUGAUUUCGCGUCGUGGGUUUUGCCCUAUACCCGCUGUAGCGAGGCCAGUCGGUGUUGCCUGUGAUUGUCAGCUUUCUUUUAGCAAAUCGUUGCAUUCGCGAAAUUGGACUGUGUCUUCUGCUGUGGAGGUCAAUGAUUUGUCGUCUCCUCCAUCUACUUCGUCCCCAGAAGCUAAUGUUGGAUCUCGGGUUAGGGUCACGGCUCCUCUGAAGGUGUACCAUGUUCCCAAAGUUCCUGAGUUUGAACUUACGGGUUUGGAAGGCGAGAUAAAGCAAUAUGUAGGUCUCUGGAAGGGGAAACGAAUCUCUGCUAACUUGCCUUACAAGGUUGAGUUUGUCACCGAGAUUCCAGGUCGUGGUACCGUCAAGUUCUUUGCCCACCUCAAAGAAGACGAAUUUGAGUUUAUUUAACUGCUCUCUUCUUUUCAUCUUCUCCUAAUCUACUUACACUCCAUUAGGGGAUGGAUAAUCUGCUCCCUCAGGCCAGACAAAUACACUUUAUAAUAGGGAAUAAUGUCCCUGAGCAGUGAUGUAUGCUUGUGGAAUCCCUGUGGGUUAUAUAUCAUUGUGCUUCAACCAGUUUUCUGACGUCAUUACAUCUUCCCGGUGAUUUUUGACUGCGCUUCUGAGAAUUAGGUUUCCUUUAUGCUUUGUAAUGGGUGCUCUUUCUCUGUCUUAGGUGGCUGGUAGCAGAUGUAAAAUUCAUGCUGUGAAUUAUGUCUUUUCUCUUAUCUUGGUAUUUUGAGUAUUCUCCUUUAAUGAAUUUCUUGGACUUUAUAUGUUGUGACAAAUCCUCGUUCUAGUUAGUUUGUAGAAGAGCAUUUGGAGUGCUACCUGAAACAUGAUGUCAUGUUGUUCUUGACCUGGUUCUCUCCCUUAAGCAUUUGUACUGUGUUCCGAUGAGAAUAUUCUAUGUUGUGGGGUUCUCUUUUUCAA